AUGCCCGUCGACGAAAUCGUCGUUGAUCCCUCCCUCCUACCAGUCCUUCAGACAAGCGCAGAAACCCUAUCGCAAUGCGAAAAUCUGCUCGCCAUGAUUGACCCUAGAAGCCUGCUCUCUCCACCAUCGCAAGACUUUAUCUUAUCGGUAUCAAAACAGCAAAAGCUGGUCUUUUCUCUUUUAUCACAACUGCGAGGACUGAACCGUGAUGCUAUUCUCAACGUCAGGGCCACAAAACAGAAGACUGCGGAGGCGCGACAGGAGAUCGAUAGGCUUCACCUACAUCUGCAGAAUCUAUACUAUGAACAGAGGCAUUUGAAUGGAGAGAUUGCGGCGUCCAUUCAUCCCGAAUUGUCCGAAGCCGACCCUAACGAGCUCAUGAUUGCGCGCAUAAACCACGAGCACGCGGAGCGAGAGAAAUUAGAACAGGCCAGACAAGAGCUUCUGAAGCGGAAACAAGCAUUGAUUGCGGAAAACAAGAAACGAAAAGAUGACUUGGCCAAUUUAGAUCAGGAUCUUGAAAGGUUUAUCGAUGCUGCGAAACCAAUCCAGAAGAUUUUUGAGAAGGAGUAUUGA